UGACUCACUCGAGAAUGCGCGCUGGCCUGGGAUUCACCUGCCGCUCAACUAUUUCGCUAAUGUUUUGUUUUUUUGUUAUUUUUGUGAAAAUAUAUCGCUUAAAUCAGAAGUGGGAUUGUGCCCCGUUUCCCAGUGCUUCUUUUUGUUUUUUUUUGUGAAAAUUUUGGAUUGCGUAAUUAUUGUGCAACAAGAGACAAUUUAUUGGGAUAAGUGCUCGUGACCAUCUCCCAUCUUCGCUAUGGAGGAAGUUCUGUCAGAACUGUUGACAACGAUCAGAAGCAGCCGGAUAGCCCCGGACCAGAUCAAUCUUCCGCCCUUUCGGCCAGACGUCGAUGACGCAACCAGCUGGCUCCAACAGGCGGACGCUACCAAAGUCGAAUUUUCUUGGUCGGAUUUACAAAUCCUAGGGAGAAUUGGAAGUUUUUUGACGGGCGACCUUCUCGUUCGAACCGCCGGCGACAAGAACUGGUGGCCAAGAAGGGCCGUUGUCAAAAAUGGCCAGCUGCAGAUUUCCGGAUGCCACGGAGAGGGUGCUCCGACAGCUCUGCGUCUUCCCUUGAGACAUUUGAGUCUUCAGGCCGGAGCUUUGCCCAACAGUCUCUCCCUGUGUAGAGGGCAGAGCGUAGUUUUGACAAUACAGACUGCCAAUGAGCGAUCGUUCGAAGCUUGGGUGAAGACCAUAGCCAUAGAACUGAUCCGUCAAACACCCCUAGAAGACGUAAAGUACCUCGACAUAUUCACUUUAGCCAACUACUGGGGCCGGAAACCUACCAACAAAGACUGCAACUCAAACUACAUCGAGCCUCUAGAUGCUCAAUGUACAGUUUGUAACAACAUCAGCAACGAACCCAUCUUCGAAGAAACCGCCAUCGAAACCCUGUUCAAGAAAUGUCAAAAUUCUGAAAAUUACGUCCCAGUUAAAGAAAAACUCAUCCUGUUUGAGUCACUGUGCAAACUCGGCCGAAAAGUUCGAAGUACUGAAGAUGUUUCUUGCAAGACGACAGUUGGUGCGACGAAACGUGCUCGGUCAAUGCACGAUCUAUCCAAUUUAAAUGGACACAGUGCCGUCCGCGAGAUUUGUAAAUAUUUUGAAGUAAAAAGUGAGGCAAAUGUAAAUAGUGUACAUAGGUAUGGAACGAUUACACGAUUUAAUCGUUCGGAUUCGCAAUUGAAUAGUGUUCAGAAACCGUUUUAAGUUAUCGUUUGUUAUUUAUGUAAUAAAAGAUCUUUAUUAUA